AUGUAAAAAAAGUCUGUUGUUUUUAUACUUGUAUUGCUAAUCUCAUGCAAUUCAGUUUAUACAGAAGAUUAAUUUCCAAUUAAAAAUGUCGUUGUCUUAAUGAUGGAAAAUAGAUCUUUUGAUCACAUGCUUGGAUGGAUGAAGUCUAGUAAAUCAAAUAUAACAAAUCCUAAUAUAGAUGGGUUAACAGGUUCGGAAUGUAAUCCAAAAUUACUUUCAGGAAAAAUAUGCGUUUCCCAAAAUGCAACUGACACUACUAAUUAUGACCCAUUUCAUUUAUUUUCAAGUACUACUGAGAGAAUUUACAAUUGUAAAUAUGACCUUAUUAAUUCCAAGAACUCUAAAAACCCUUGCAAAAAUCAUGCUUCUUUGGAAGAGCCUGCUAAUAUGCAAGGUUUUGUUAAAUCUGCUGAAUGGCUUUUACAUAGCGGAGAAGUUGAAAUGAGUGGGCACUUACCAGAAAAUGUUCCUAUAAUUAGCACUUUAGCAAGUGAGUUUGCUUUAUUCGAUCGCUACUUUUCAAGUUUUCCUGGCUGUACUAAUCCAAAUAGAAUAUUCAUGCACACAGGUACCAGUGAUGGAUAUGUUGGUAAUGGCUAACGUGCAGGAUAAAUUAAAAAUACCACUAUAUAAGAAGUGCUUGAAAAAAAUGGAUACUCUUGGAGAUAUUACUACGAAGGUGAUGCUUUAGAUUGGUUCCUUUAUAUUGAAUAUUUCAAUAAUAACUUUUAAACUCCUGGUAGAUUUUCUGAAAUGGAAUAAUUUUAUAGUGAUGCAGCAACUGGAAACCUUCCAAACUACACUUUUAUUAAUCCCUCUGAAUCAAUUCACCCAAAUUUGAAUAACACCAAAUCAUUUGGCCUUCCAAACGACUAACAUCCUAAUCAUAGCGUAAGAGAAGGAGAGAGAUUGAUUAAAAAUGUAUAUGAAGCAUUAAGAAAUGGUCCUCUAUGGAAUCAAACAUUAUUGAUAAUUACUUAUGAUGAGCACGGUGGUUUUUAUGAUCAUGUCCCUCCUCCAUAAACAAAUAUUCCAAGUCCAGAUAACAAAGUUAAUGCUAAUGGAUUUGAUUUUAAAAGACUUGGUAUUAGAGUUCCUACAAUCGCUAUUUCUCCAUGGAUUGAAAAAGGAACAUUAGUGAAUAAACCCACAGAAGAAUAAAGACCCUUUGAAAACAGUGAGUUUGAUCAUACUUCUAUAGGAAAAACCAUAUUCAAGAUAUUCGGAAUUGAUUAUAAUUUAUCUCAAAGAAGUGAAUGGGCAGCUUCUUUUGAAAAUAUAUUAAAGUUGAGAAAAGAACCUAGAAAUGACUGUAUUUCAGAAUUAGCUUACAUUCCCCCACCAACAAAAGAGGAAAUCACAAGACUAUACAGCUUGCCUAUUUAAGAUACUCUCAAAUAAAAAAUAAAUAAAAUUUGUAGGUUACAUAAACCUCGUGAUCCAUAUUGUGGUGAAUAAGUAGAAAACUAUACAGACUAUGUUAAUUUUAUAGAUCAACUUGAUAAAAUUCUACUCGAUUGA